AGGCAUCGCCUGCUCUCGAUGCUCCUGUCUUCGGCGCGCAAUGGAAACAGGCUGCUGGUUGCUUGGCGGCGAGUUCGAGGACUCUGUGUUUGAAGAGAGGCGGGAGAGGCGGCCUGGACCGCUUGCGUCCUACCGCGCCAAGCUCUGCGAGCCGCAGUGGUUUUAUGAAGAAACGGGGAGCAGUGAUGAUGUUGAAGCUCUGACUAUCCAGAAAUUCAAAGGGGACUUGGCCUAUAGACGGCAAGAGUAUCAGAAAGCACUGCGAGAGUAUUCCAGUAUCUCAGAAAAACUGCCGUCUACAAAUUUUGCCAUGAAAAGGGAUGUCCAGGAAGGCCAGGCUCGGUGUCUCGUUCACCUGGGAAGGCACGAGGAAGCCCUGGAGAUUGCUACAAACUUGGAAAAUAGGGCAACUAACACAGACCAUUUAACCACUGUGCUCUACCUCCAGUUUGCUAUUUGUUCAAGUUUGCAGAACUUGGAGAAAACAAUUUUCUGCCUACAGAAACUGAUUUCUUUGCAUCCCUUUAAUCCUUGGAACUGGGGCAGAUUGGGAGAGGCUUACCUGAAUCUGGAGCCAGCGCUUGCAGCAUUGCUUGCGUCAUCUCAGAAACAGAACAGUUUCACCUCGAGUGACAAGGCUAUCAAAUCCUCCUGUCCCCACUCAGGAAAAGACUGUGUUUUGUGUUUCCCUGAAACGUUGCCUGAGAGCUCUGCGUUAUCUGUGGAAACGAGCAGUGGUAAUAACCAGAAGAAUGAGAAAGCUUUUAAAAAUAUUCAAAACUGUAUGGCAGAAGAGAGAACAGCAGUGUUGCUAGAAACUCAGAUGAAAGCCUGUGCCUCUUUUAUACGAACCAGGCUUUUGCUUCAGCUCGCCCAAUCUCAGCAAACAUCGUUUGCUUUGGAGAGGAACUUAAAGACUCAGCAGGAAAUUGAAGCUAAAAUGAAAGGGUUCAGCUUCAAAGAAGACACUUUGCUGUUGAUAGCAGAGGGGUGGUUUUUUUUUCCCCCCCUCCUACUGCAGGUUAUGGGCGAAGAUAUCGUCCCAGAAAAAAUAAGAGAUGAGGUUCACACAGAGGUGAAGUGUGUUGGCCCUGCAGCCCUGACUGCCUUGGUGAUUGCGUCUUCGAAAGAAUUUGAAGACAAGUGGUUCAGAAAGAUCAAAGACCACUUCUGUCCCUUUGAAAAUCAGUUCCAUACAGAGAUACAGAUGUUGGUUUAGUGGUCCCUUUAAAAACAGAGCAAAACAUCUUGUAUUGUAUUAAUUGUGCUGGUUUACUUCAGACAGAAUCCACUGCUAAUCAUGGAAUAUACUGAAUUAAAAACAAUUAUUUAUGUCUUAUAAAAAUGGCUUCU